AUGACUGAACGGGCGUUCGAAAACCAAAUCCCCGACUACGACGGCAGCUCGGACGUCGAUCUGCCGGACGGAGAGUUCACGAACAAGUUCGACCAGGACGCCAAGAGGCACGUCCUGGAGCUGGCGGGAGUGCUGGAGAAGGACCUUGACAAGCACACUAACAGGGAUGACGCUUCAGAGUACACCGGCACCGCAGGUGAUGAAGGUGCAUGCCCGAAGAAGAUCGGCUGCCUAUCAGAACCCACAACAAGCAUUCUCUUCAAUUGCUGUUUCUGCACCCAUGUAACCAGAGAUCAGCGUGGAAUCCUUACUCAUCUGGUUGACCACAGUGAUGAAAAACUCAAGUGCCAGCACUGCUCUAAGUUCUUUUGCAAAGAGGAAGAAUUGAGAUCUCACACCGACAUUCACAAGUCAGAAAGAACUUUUGCGUGUCAACUAUGCCCAGCAGCAUUCCAGAAAAAUAGUCCAAUGGUCGAUCACAUUCGAACCCACACUAGUGAAAAACCUUUCAAAUGCCAGGAAUGCCUGCAAACUCUUUCCCAAUGUAGUUGCCUGAGCUCUCAUGCACAAGACCAGACGAGCAAAAAUCUUUUCAAAUGUGAGCUAUGUCCCCAGGCCUUUAGUAAGAAUGCAAAUCUGACUCGCCACAUUCGAACGCACUCAGGUGAGAGACCUUACAAAUGUGAGCUAUGUCCCCAAGCCUUUAGUGAGAAUGCAAAGCUGACACGCCACGUUCGAACUCACACAGGCGAAAGACCUUACAAAUGUGAGCUAUGUCCCCAAGCCUUCAGUGGAAAUGCAGAUCUUACCCGCCACAUUCGAAUUCACACAGGCGAAAGGCCUUACAAAUGCAAGCAGUGUCCCCGAGCCUUUAGUCGGAGCCUGAGCCUGGCCAUUCACAUUCGAACGCACACAGGCGAGAAACCUUACAAAUGCGAGCAAUGUACAAAAGCGUAUAGUGUGCGUGAGAGCCUCAUCCGCCACAUUCGAAAACACACAGGCGAGAAACCUUACAAAUGCGAGCAAUGUCCACAAGCGUAUUCUGAGCGUGGGAGCCUGACACGCCACAUUCGAAAACACACAGGCGAAAGACCUUACAAAUGUGAGCUAUGUCCCCAAGCCUUUAGUGAGAAUGCAAAUCUUACCCGCCACAUUCGAAUUCACACAGGCGAGAGACCUUACAAAUGCAAGCAGUGUCCCCAAGCCUUUAGUCAAAGCCCGAGCCUGGCCAUUCACAUUCGAACGCACACAGGCGAGAAACCUUACAAAUGCGAGCAAUGUCCACAAGCGUAUUGUGGGCGUGAAAACCUGAUCCGCCACAUUCGAAAACACACAGGUGAAAGACCUUACAAAUGCGAGCAAUGUCCACAAGCGUAUUCUGAGCGUGGGAGCCUGACGCGCCACAUUCGAAAACACACAGGCGAAAGACCUUACAAAUGUGAGCUAUGUCCCCAAGCCUUUAGUGAGAAUGCAAAUCUUACCCGCCACAUUCGAACGCACACGGGCGAGAAACCUUACAAAUGCGAGCAGUGUCCCCAAGUCUUUAGGAACAUCCAGAAUCAGACCCGCCACAUUCGAAUGCACACAGGCGAGAGACCUUACAAAUGCAAGCAGUGUCCCCGAGCCUUUAGUCGGAGCCUGAGCCUGGCCAUUCACAUUCGAACGCACACAGGCGAGAAACCUUACAAAUGCGAGCAAUGUCCACAAGCGUAUUGUGUGCGUGAGAGCCUGAUCCGCCACAUUCGAAAACACACAGGCGAAGGACCUUACAAAUGCAAGCUGUGUCCCCAAGCCUUCAGUGAGAAUCCAAAGCUGAUCUGCCACAUUCGCACACUAAAGGGUGAAGAUCUCACAAAUGUCCUCUGGACUAAGCAGAAGUUUUACGAGAAAAUGGCCGUGGAACUCGCAAAUAUCAGCAGUCAAGAGUUUCGUUCUGAGGCUGGUUGA